AUGUCCUCAUCAAGCGCCCAACUGGCAACUGCAACUGACAUCAAAAUGGAGGCCACCACUAUAGAGUGUGCCUCCCCGGAGGAGUCUCCGCUGGCCAGUGAAAGUAAUGUAGAACCAUUGCCUGUCUCAAGCCCACCGGAAACUGCGUUCCUGCAGGAUUUACUCACCAACCUGAAGCAAGUACUCCAGCGGCCCAUCUGCAUGGUUCAUUUGGUCAAAGACCCAGUUAUUACAGAGGACAUAGGCGAGGGCAUCCUGGAAGUAGUUGACGCCCUCAUGGACACCUUCGCAGAAAUCCAACAUCGAGUUCUCACCAACGAGGAGCUCAUGCGCUCGAAAGUUGGCAAGGAGGCAUCUGCCAUCUUCACUGCUGUCAUCUACCAAUGUGCUGGCAACAUGGACCCCUUGGGGGCAUCCACUCACGCUGACCCUGUGCCUGCGCACAUCCAGUCUGCCAUCACAAAGGGCAUUGAAGCAGGGGUCCGCGUGGUGACUGUCACCAUCGAUGCAUGCCUGUCUGCCAUCGAAGCCAUCCUUACCUGGUCCCACCCACUGCUGACACCUCCGGGCCCCCUGCGGGUCCACAUAAUUUUCCGUGGCAUGCGCCUUGCCCCAAACAAGGUGCUGCUCACUUUUUCUCAUGACUCUCCGGAUACCCUUAUUCGGGAUGCUCUGCAAGCCAUCCGCAUCAUCCUCGACCUUGAGCCCCAUGCUGCUUCCCUGGUCCCGGCGGGUGCAUGCACUGUCGUGCUACCCUAG